CUCUGGCCGCUAUUCGAAAGGAAAGGAGCCCCCUAUAAAACAGCCUACAGUGGACAGUCUGGUCGGCAGAGCUGCAGGUCACUUGUGAAGAGGGAGCUCUAUCGCCAGCAUGAGUUUCUCCGGCAAGUACCAACUGCAGAGCCAGGAAAACUUUGAAUCCUUCAUGAAGGCAAUGGGUUUGCCGGAAGAGCUCAUCCAGAAGGGGAAGGAUAUCAAGAGUGUGACGGAAAUCGUGCAGAACGGGAAGCACUUCAAGUUCACCAUCACCACCGGGUCCAAAGUGAUGCAAAACGAGUUCACGGUGGGGGAGGAAAGUGAGCUGGAGACAAUGACAGGGGAGAAAGUCAAGACAGUGGUUCAGUUGGAAGGUACAUAAACUGGUUGACACGUUCAAAACAUCAAGUCUGUGACCGAACUCAACGGCGACAUAAUCACCGUGUAAGUGGGGUAGUAGCUCUGAGCCUGGGGCUUCCCGUGCUUGAGGGAGAGGGGAGGUGAAGCAUGGGGAGUGGUUCACAUACCCUAAUGCCACCCUCCACCCUCCAACCCCUAAACUUCUUCCUGUGGUCAGUAUGCCCAGCCCUUAUGCCGGAUCCACAAUGUCCCCAGGCACUUUAUACCAUAUUAUCACUAAUCCUUUCUGCUCACACUAACCAGCAGCGCCACAGAGCCUCCACCUGCCCUGGCAUGCCCACAGUGCUUCAUAAAUGCCUUUGCCCAUUUAGCGUUUAUAAACACAUCCCAUUGCAUGGUGAUAUUAUGGCACCUGACAAGACCUGGCACAGUCCGGUUAUGCAGUCAGCCUUGGUGCCUGGCUGCCCAGCCCAAUCCUAUACCCUAUUUGGGGGUAGGGGAGGAAUAGUGCAGUGUUUCUCCCGCAGGUAUGUCCCCCUGACUCUUCUUUGCCCCCAGUAUAUGCUUUAAGGAGUCACAUACAACAGAACACUGCCUCAGGAGGCUGUCAUCACUCUGUUCAAA